UUCAUCUCAUCAAUCGCUGCUGUUAUACCGAAUUAUAUAUAUGGACCCUUUUAGUCAUUUUACCCAUUUCAGUUAUUUCAUCAUUCACGUUCGCUCCUCUUCUUCCGCUCAUCACACACUUUCCUCUCUCUGGUUAUCUUCUACGAUUGAUUGCGAAUAUGGUAACCGCUACAUCGAACAUCCAAAUUGUGGACUUUCAACAAAGGCAUCUGAACAUUUACUCGAAGUUGGAGAAUUUUUGUCUUUCGCAGACUGAUUCCCGUAGCACUAAUACUAUGGAGUCUGGUACUUAUGGCUUAUCUGCACCUACGAAAGUGUCUAUUCUUUCUCCACAAGUGUCCAAGAAUAAGGAUCCUGGUCACCGAAUUAAAGGUGCAAAGGAGGUCUCCAUUGAUAAAAGAAACGAGCAAAAAGAUUGCCGAAAUUGAGUCAUCACGAUAGUCGAAAUUGUCCCUCAAACAAAGAAGUUUAGAUAGUUUAUUGGUUUGUUUGUAAUUUAAAUCAAGUUUGAAGUAUUGUACAAUGACUUGUGUUUAAUUUCUAGUGAUUCGUCAUACUUGUUGCAUCUUUAUUAAUUUUGGUGUCCAAAAGUAUAACACUUAGCUUAUGUAAUUUUGAUUCAUCAUACUCAUUGCAUCUUUAUAAAUUUUGAUUUGCAGAAGUAUAGCACUUAAUUGUGUUCAGUUAAUUAAAUGCUCACAUUGC